AAGCUUCUAAACAAGGAAUGCUUAUCAAUCAAAAUAUCUAAGACUCAAGUAGAAACAAUGCCGUCAAAAAGGCUGAAAUCUCCUCGCCAAUAUGAGCUUUCAUGAAUUCUCCCAUUUCAAUAACCCAGAAAUCCCGUCAUAAUGUCUCCAAUCCGAACCGCAAUCAUCGGGCUCUCAGCUUCGUCCGCCGUAAACUGGGCCCGCCACGCUCAUCUCCCUUACCUACUUAGUUCCGAGGGCCGGGCGAAGUUCCAAAUAGUCGCACUAUGCAACUCGAGCGUGGACGCCGCGAAGCGCGCUAUAGAUACGUUCAAGCUACCGCCUGAGACCCGUGCUUACGGCGACCCAGAAACCCUUGCCGCAGACCCGGAUGUUCAGCUCGUCGUGUGUGCGACGCGCGUGGAUAAGCACUACGAAACCAUUCUUCCGAGCGUGCACCAGGGGAAAGACGCAUAUGUGGAGUGGCCGUUAGCCCAGAAUGCCGAGCUCGCAAGUGAGCUCGCCGCGCUGGCGCGGGAGAAAGGGAGCAAAACCGUCGUGGGACUUCAGGGCUGGCAUGCGCCGGCAAUCAUCACGAUGCGAGAGCUAAUAAGGAGCGGUCGCAUUGGGAAAGUAUUAAGCAGUGAGGUUCGUGCCUCCGGAGGCUCAGUUGAUAGACUUGUUCUACCAACUAGCAUAGAGUACUUUACGGAUAGAAAAAUUGGCGGGAACUCUUUUACGAUUGGGUUUGGUCACUUAUUUGAUUUUGUUCAGGUUGUACUUGGAGACAUCCAAGUUCUACACUCCCAGUUACAAAUCCAGCGACCGGACGUGAAGAUGCGGGACCGAUCAACUGGGAAGAUAGUUAAAACAGUUCGAUCAGAUGUCCCAGACCUGAUUCAUGUGACCGGAUCGCUGCCAGGUUCAGAACAUACUACUUCAGGGGCGACCGUCCAUUUGAGGUUUCGCCGCGGGCAAGCGUUUAAGGGGGAAGAUCCACUUGUGUGGUCGGUGAAUGGUGAAAGAGGCGAGAUUCGUCUCAGCGCCUCCGAUGGACCGGGGAUCUCAGCAGGUGCGCACGCACAUCCCGUAACUAUCGAGGUUCACGACUUCGAUACGGAUGAAGUAGAGAAGGUGAAGUGGUCCUGGAACGGAAGGGAAGAGCUCAAUGUAUCCGCAAGAAUGGUUGGCGCCCAGUAUGAGGCAUUUGCUACCGGCGAUGAGACGAAGUACGCCACGUUCGAGCACGCCUCGAAACGCCAUAAGCAGCUGAAUGAAAUGCUAGCACAGUUUCAGACCGAAUGAGCCGCCAAUCUAUUUACAUCUAAGAACCAGUCUACUUUGAAGCAUAUACAAUUCUAGAUCAUUAUUUCCGUCUCCACUAGGAAAUUAACAGAAGUGCCGUAUUAGUGAAUCUGCGGGAUUAAAUAAGAUUCUGUAUAGUUGUUGCUUAACUGAAUGUUGGGGUCUAGGUGCCUUUCAUACCUAGGUAGAUUCAUAGGUCAAUGUUAGUCUGAUUCUCUUACAUGUUCCAUUAUAC